CCUUCACGUGUGGUACAAACUUCCUUUCCGAGUGUUUUUCUGAGCGGUGGCGUGUAGGAUGGUUUCUUAACUUAUAUGAAAUUUUUCACGCUCAUUGCUGUGUGAAGAUAUCACAAUAAUGGAGGAGUUUGAUGGGAUGACUCCACAGGAGCUCGCUGCUCCCGUCGACACUGUUGAGGAAAAAUGGAAGCUGCUUCCAGCCUUUUUGAAGGUUAAAGGCUUAGUAAAGCAGCACAUUGAUUCCUUCAACUAUUUCAUCAACGUGGAGAUCAAAAAGAUUAUGAAGGCGAAUGAGAAGAUUACAAGUGAUGCUGACCCCAUGUGGUACUUAAAAUACCUCAAUAUCUACGUUGGCAUGCCUGAUGUUGAAGAAAGCUUUAAUGUAACACGACCUGUGUCUCCACAUGAGUGUCGUCUGAGAGAUAUGACGUAUUCGGCUCCCAUCACGGUGGACAUUGAGUACACGAGAGGCAGCCAGAGAAUCAUUCGCAAUGCACUUCCCAUCGGAAGGAUGCCGAUUAUGCUGCGAAGUUCCAACUGCGUCUUGACAGGAAAGACACAGAUGGAGUUCUCGAAGCUUAAUGAAUGCCCCUUGGAUCCAGGUGGUUAUUUCAUAGUGAAAGGUCAAGAAAAGGUCAUUCUCAUCCAGGAGCAAUUGUCCAAAAAUCGCAUCAUUGUGGAUCAAGAUCGAAAGGGUACCGUGGGUGCCUCAGUCACCAGCUCUACUCAUGAGAAGAAGAGCAGAACUAACAUGAUUGUUAAAAAGGGCCGUUUUUACCUAAAACACAACACACUUUCUGAAGAUGCACCCAUUGCCAUCAUUUUUAAGGCGAUGGGAGUGGAAAGCGAUCAGGAGAUCGUUCAGAUGAUUGGCACAGAAGAACAUGUCAUGGCUGCUUUUGCCCCCAGUUUGGAGGAGUGUCAGAAGGCCCAAAUAUUCACCCAAACUCAGGCACUGAGAUACAUCGGGAAUAAAGUGAGGCGUCAGCGCAUGUGGGGCGGCCCUAAGAAAACCAAAAUGGAGGAAGCCAGAGAGCUGCUUGCCUCCACUAUCCUCACCCAUGUACCUGUGAAGGAAUUUAACUUUCGAGCGAAGUGUAUUUACCUCGCUGUGAUGGUGCGCAGAGUGAUUCUUGCUCAAGGAGACAACAAGGUGGAUGACCGCGAUUACUAUGGAAACAAGCGUCUGGAGUUGGCCGGCCAGCUCCUGUCGCUGCUGUUUGAGGAUCUGUUCAAGAAGUUCAACUCUGAGUUGAAGAAGAUCGCAGACCAGAUCAUCCCAAAACAGAGAGCGGCCCAGUUUGAUGUGGUCAAACACAUGAGACAGGACCAGAUCACCAAUGGCAUGGUUAAUGCCAUCUCUACUGGGAAUUGGUCAUUGAAGAGAUUCAAGAUGGACAGACAGGGUGUGACUCAGGUUCUCUCUCGGCUGUCCUUCAUCUCAGCUCUGGGCAUGAUGACCAGGAUCUCUUCUCAGUUUGAGAAAACCAGGAAAGUCAGUGGUCCCCGCUCCCUACAACCCUCCCAGUGGGGCAUGCUGUGCCCCUCAGACACACCUGAAGGAGAGGCUUGUGGGCUGGUGAAAAAUCUGGCUCUGAUGACCCACAUCACCACUGACAUGGAGGACGGUCCCAUCAUCAAACUGGCCUUCAACCUGGGAGUAGAAGAUGUCAAUCUUCUGUGUGGAGAGGAGUUGUCGUACCCCAGCGUCUUCCUCGUGUUCCUCAAUGGUAACAUACUUGGGGUCAUCAGAGACCAUCAGAAGCUGGUCUACACCUUCAGACUCAUGAGGCGAGCUGGUUUUAUUAAUGAGUUUGUGUCCAUCUCCACCAAUCUGACCGACCGCUGUGUCUACAUCUCAUCUGAUGGGGGCCGAUUGUGCAGACCCUACAUCAUUGUGAAGAAUGGACAGCCAGCUGUGAAGAACAAACACAUUGAGGAAUUGUCUCAGGGCUACAGAAGUUUUGAGGACUUCCUUCAUGAGAGUCUGGUGGAGUAUCUGGAUGUGAAUGAGGAGAAUGACUGUAAUAUUGCUCUGUAUGAGCACAUGAUCGGCAAGGACACAACGCAUUUGGAGAUCGAACCGUUCACACUGCUGGGGGUUUGUGCUGGUUUGAUUCCUUACCCCCAUCAUAACCAGUCCCCCAGAAACACUUACCAGUGUGCUAUGGGCAAGCAGGCUAUGGGUACUAUUGGCUAUAACCAGCGGAACCGUAUAGACACCCUGAUGUACCUGCUGGCGUAUCCACAGAGGCCCAUGGUGAAGACAAAGACCAUCGAGCUGAUUGACUUUGAAAAGCUGCCCGCAGGCCAGAACGCCACCGUGGCUGUAAUGAGUUACAGUGGGUACGAUAUAGAAGAUGCCCUGGUGCUCAAUAAGGCCUCUCUUGACAGAGGCUUUGGUAGAUGUCUGGUGUACAAGAAUGCUAAGUGCACGUUAAGGCGGUACACUAACCAAACUUUUGACAAGGUGAUGGGUCCGAUGCUAGACGCAGAAACGCGCAAACCAAUCUGGAGACACAGCAUCUUGGAUGCCGAUGGCAUCUGUUCCCCUGGUGAACGGGUCGAGAACAAGCAGGUACUUGUGAAUAAGUCCAUGCCCACUGUCACCCAAACGCCACUGGAGGGCAGUGCCCAGCCAGGUCAACCACAGUACAGAGAUGUGCCAAUCUCGUACAAAGGAACGACAGACUCCUAUAUCGAGAAAGUAAUGAUCUCAUCCAAUGCCGAAGAUGCCUUUCUGGUUAAGAUCCUGCUGAGGCAGACUCGUCGACCAGAGAUAGGAGACAAGUUCAGCAGUCGCCACGGGCAGAAAGGUGUGUGUGGCCUGAUCGUUCCACAAGAGGACAUGCCGUUUUGUGACACUGGUAUUUGCCCGGACAUCAUCAUGAAUCCUCAUGGUUAUCCCUCCAGAAUGACUGUUGGGAAGCUGAUCGAGCUGCUGGCUGGUAAAGCAGGGGUGCUGGAUGGCCGUUUUCACUAUGGCACUGCUUUCGGGGGCAGUAAAGUGAAGGACGUGUGUGAGGAUCUUAUCCGCUAUGGAUACAAUUACCAGGGCAAGGAUUAUGUCACCUCUGGCAUCACAGGAGAGCCUCUGGAAGCCUAUAUCUACUUUGGUCCAGUUUAUUAUCAGAAACUGAAACACAUGGUGCUAGAUAAAAUGCAUGCUCGAGCACGCGGUCCCCGAGCGGUGCUUACUAGGCAGCCUACAGAGGGUCGAUCCAGGGAUGGUGGUCUACGUUUGGGGGAGAUGGAGAGAGAUUGUCUCAUUGGUUAUGGGGCCAGUAUGCUGCUGCUUGAGCGACUCAUGAUCUCCAGUGAUGCUUUUGAAGUGGAUGUGUGUGGACAGUGUGGCUUGCUGGGAUAUUCAGGAUGGUGCCAUUAUUGCAAGUCGUCUUGCCAUGUUUCAUCUCUUCGAAUCCCAUAUGCCUGCAAACUGCUCUUCCAGGAGCUUCAGUCCAUGAACAUCAUCCCUCGCCUAAAACUUGCUCCCUACAAUGAGUGAAUACAGCAGACUCAACAGAACUUUACAUACAGAGGAGCGAUACAGUAUAACCUUAUGGACUGGAUGUUGUUUGAACCUAAAUUCAAGGAUUUUGAUAAUCAUGCAACCACGUCUAUGUGGUUCUACUUUGUUCAACAUAUCUUGACAAAAAGAUAACGAAAUCUUAAUUUAAAAGAAUCUACGUCAGAAUUUUUGUUUGUUUGUUUGUUUGGGAAUGAAUGGCAUUUUCAUUAAAACCGUUUGCUGUGAAAAAAGGGCUCAGUUUAGCCUAAAAGUAAGUUUUCUUUACAAAAACCUAAUAAAUUGCAAAUGUAAAUCAUACAAGUCGUUUUUAUGUUGA